CAAAAGAAAAAAAAUCCUAAACUUAAGUCAUCAUGAGCCUGAAAAAGUAAAAACGAUCAAAAUAAUCUCGACCCGCCCAAAAUCAUCUUCUGGGUGGGCAUGGGUACUGCCCAUGGAGAGUGCCGUUGCAUUUGAAAAUCCAGAAUAAUAGAAAGGCUCCCAAAUUGGCUGAUGAUCCAAGAUGAUGAUGAGAUUAAGAACUGUUGGAAAUUUGAGUAGGAAGAAACAAUUGCUGGAAGCACCUGCCGUCACCGCCGCCGCAGCCAUCAAUAGUAAUAAUAGUAAUAUCCCCUCACAGUUUCAACCGUCCAACAACCAUAUUAAACUACUUGAAGAAGCCGUUUCCUCCAAUUCACCUGAACAAGCACUAGAGACCCUUCAAUGUCUCCUGCCGUUGCCGUCCCCUGCCUCCGUCUUCUAUUGGAAUACCCUCAUCAAGAAUACCGUGCUUCACGCUCAGGAUUGCGUAAAUGCACUACGCAUAUUCCGUCAAAUGCUGAGGCUUAGCUGGAAGCCAGAUGGUUAUACGUAUCCGUAUAUUCUUAAGGCCUGCGGCGAGCUCUCGUGGUUUCAUUGGGGCGGUUCUGUACAUGGUAUUGCUUUCCGGGAUGGCUUUGUUUACUCCAAUGUGUUUGUUGGUAAUGCCCUUAUAGCUAUGUACGGUAGAUGUGGACAGUUGGAUGAUGCUCGCCGGAUGUUUGAUGAAAUGUCCCAGAGAGAUGUUUUUGAUGUUAUCUCAUGGAAUUCGAUUUCGGCUGCUUAUUUGCAGAGUGGUGAUGCUGAAAAGGUGCUGGAAAUGUUUGCGUUAAUGACUUCAAAAGUUGGUUUCUCCCAGCUGCGUGCUGAUGUGGUUAGUUUGGUAAAUGUAUUACCUGCUUGUGCUUCGUUGAAUGCGUUUGGUAGUGGUAAGGAAGUUCAUGGACAUGCUCUGCGGAGGGGUUUAAUAGAGGAUAUCUUUGUGGGGAAUGCUUUGUUGGAUAUGUAUGCAAAAUGUGGAUUUAUGGAUGAAGCAGAGACAGUGUUUGAGCAAAUGGAGGUGAAGGAUGUCGUGACAUGGAAUGCCAUGGUGACAGGGUACGCGCAGAUUGGUAGAUAUGAUGAUGCUCUUGGUUUAUUUGAGAAAAUGCGUGGCGAGAAUAUCCAUUUGAAUGUUGUGACGUGGAGUGCUGUUAUUGCAGGAUAUGCUCAGAGGGGUUUGGGUAAAGAGGCUCUUGAUGUGUUUAGAGAUAUGAUGAGAGCUUCAAACUCGGAGCCAAACGCUGUGACACUUGCUUCUGUCCUUUCGGGUUGUGCUGCAUCUGGGGCAUUAGAUAAGGGGAGAGAAAUUCAUUGUUAUUCAAUAAAGAAAAUGCUGAACUUAGAUUGGAAUGACCCGGAGGAUGAUUUGAUGACUAUUAAUGGUUUGAUUGAUAUGUAUGCAAAAUGCAGGUCCAUCAACGUGGCAAAUAGGAUGUUUGAGGCUGUAGGACAGAGUGAUAGGAAUGUAGUGACAUGGACAGUGAUGAUUGGUGGCCAUGCACAACAUGGUGAAGCCAAUGAUGCAUUGAAUCUUUUUUCUGAGAUGGCGAGUAAUCAAAAGAAGCUUCUAGUACCAAAUGCUUUUACUAUAUCUUGUGCCCUUGUGGCUUGUGCUCGUCUAAACGCACUGAGAUUGGGUAGACAGAUUCAUGCUUAUGUGUUAAGGAACCGCUUUGAGUCUGCAAUGCUGUUUGUAGCCAAUUGCUUGAUAGACAUGUAUGCUAAAUCUGGAGAUGUCAAUGCCGCUCGAGUUGUGUUUGAUACCAUGGGUCAGAGGAACAUUAUCUCAUGGACGACGUUAAUGACUGGAUAUGGAAUGCAUGGUUUUGGCAAGGAGGCCUUGCAAGUUUUUGAUGGGAUGAGGAGAGCUGGCCUGCCUGUAGAUGGUGUGACAUUUCUUGUGGUCCUAUAUGCUUGUAGCCAUUCUGGAAUGGUUGAUCAGGGAAUGAAUUAUUUCAACAGAAUGAGCCAGGAUUUUGGGGUUGCGCCAGGGGCAGAGCACUAUGCUUGCAUGGUUGACCUAUUAGGCCGUGCUGGACGCUUGAAUGAGGCUAUGGACCUUAUUGCAAAAAUGCCUAUGGAGCCAACUGCAGCAGUUUGGGUGGCAUUGCUUGGGGCUUGUAGGACUCAUGCAAAGGUGGAACUUGCUGAAUAUGCAUCAAGCAAGUUGUCCGACUUGGAGUGUGAGAAUGAUGGGACAUACACACUUCUCUCAAACAUAUAUGCCAAUGCUGGGCGUUGGAAAGAUGCGACCAAGAUCAGAUUUGUGAUGAAACAGAAAGGUAUAAAAAAGAGACCUGGCUGCAGUUGGGUUCAAGGAAAGAAGGAGACUGCAACCUUUUAUGUAGGGGACAGAACUCAUGCAAUGUCUGAGAAAAUAUAUGACUUACUUGCAGACCUUAUUGACCAGAUUAAAAUAAUGGGUUAUGUCCCUGAAACAAGCUUUGCGCUCCAUGAUGUAGAUGAUGAAGAAAAAGGGGAUCUUCUUGUAGAACACAGUGAGAAAUUGGCUCUUGCUUAUGGCAUUCUUACAUCAGCACCGGGGCUGCCCAUUAGGAUCACAAAAAACUUGCGGGUUUGUGGGGAUUGCCACACUGCUAUGACAUACAUAUCUAGGAUUAUUGAGCAUGAAAUUAUUUUGAGGGAUUCAAGUCGCUUCCACCAUUUUAAGAAUGGAUCUUGCUCUUGCAAAGGCUACUGGUGAAAGAUAGCAUAUCCUUGAUUGCCUACCGACCGAGAUGCUUAUCACAAGAGAAUGGCAAGAUAUAAUUCAACCUGUGCAUAUGGAUUUGUAUCUGGUAACCUCUGCUGCUGAAUCUCUCUCUCUCUCUCUCUCUCUCUCUAACACUGGAGGUAACUUCUGUCCCAAGGAUGUCUGAACCAUCUUACCAUGGGCACGUUGAAAUCACUUUGGAGAAAAUGUUCCGUUUGCUUUAGACGGCCAGUUUUUUACCUGCUUCUUGAAGUAGCAUGCAACUUUUGGGGAGUCCUGUCAAAAAAGAACUCCCGAGUCAGAAGCUGAUUUUUGUGCGAAGUAUGUUGAUUGAAGCCAUAGGAUCUUCAGAAUUCGUUGAUCCUUACAGCAGGGGCUAUUUGAAUGACUAGCGAAAGUUUUGCCUUCAGCAGUAGGAGCCUUAUGUUGUCAGGUAACAGCCCUACUGGUCAUCACCCCAAUUCUUUCAAGUAGAGUUGGUUUGACAUAUCUCUCUCUCUCUCUCACACACACACACACACUUGUGCUCUUUUUGGACGAUAUAUUCCUCUAUUUUGUACUAAAAAAUUAAUUAAAGAGGCGAAUUUUGUCAUUUAUGUCCAUUUGCUCCACCUCAUUGUCGUUCAGAUGAUUAUUGCAUUCCAUGAAAUCAUCAUUUGCUGUUGAACCUACAGAAUGGUCCAUAGUCGACUCAGAUUUUGUUCAGAAUAAUCUCAACCACUUGCAAGAUCUGUUGCACUGGCAUCAUCAUCAGAGAACCAAAUUACAGCAUCAAUGAGAUGAGGAGUUGGUUAGUGUCUUGUGUUCAUGAUAUCUUAUUCUUGAUACUAUGUUGUUGUGUAGUCCUUGUGGCAGUUUGCUGAUUAAUUUAAAUGACAAAUGGCAUCUUAUCAUGCUAGUUUGGUCAUUUGGGCUUUUGCAAUGUGCAUUAGAGGCUUGGAUGGUGUUUGGAUAACGUGUGACCAAGUUGGAGUUCUUAAAAAAUUGCUUCUUUGAGACUGCAACAGUAUUUUGCAUGACUUCAAAUAUCAACAUUCUAUGGAAGGCGGAAUAAGUGUUGCCAAUUGUAGCUAUGACGGUUGAACCAUGAUGAGUUGCCCAGGAAAGGUCGUGUGCUUCUUGGUCAUUACUAAUCUCUUCUUAUAUUCCAAACAAAAGGAAAGGAAAAAAUGGUGAUAGAUAAGGCUGGUUGGUGGGUCAGUAAGUCAUUGCAAACUUGCAAAGGGGCAUGGCAUGGUGGGGGGACCUCGCUCUGCUCUCUUGGGCAUGGGCUGCUAUCCUCCAUUUCAAUUCAUUCCUUGUGAAAAUAUGGCAAGCGACAGGUGACAACUACCCACCUAACCCAGCAUUGUGCAAAUAGUCCCAUGCAGAAGGAUAGGAUCUGGAGGGGAAUCAUAUUCCUAAAGGGACUGCAAUGGUCCUGGCUACCCUACAACCCUUCUCACAGGACAGAAAAUUUACCCUACCAUCCUUGCUAUCCAAAACAGUAAGUCUCCCUCCUAGGAAACAAGACAAUACAUUCACAACAUGCAAUUAUGCAACUGUACAUGAAUCUACCUCAUAUUUUGUUUUGUAAAAAGAGGCAUAUUCAAUUCAUGAUCUUCUGCCAUUAUUUCGGCUGAUCAUCAA